GAAAAACUCAAAAAUGAAGUGUAUAUAUUGUAAGGAAAUUUUCAGAUGGGAGCCUACCAUACUAUUGAUUUGGAACUAAACAGAAAGUUUACAUUGGUGAAGGCUCACUGGGAUAGUGUUGCUUUGGACAGACUAGACAUGGCGUGUGACCCUUCUCAACAUGCUGAUCUAGCUGCGGUCAUUAUGCAGGAAGGCCUAGCAAAUGUCUGUUUGAUAACAGCUAGUAUGACAUUAGUAAAGGCCAAGAUCGAUGUGAAUAUUCCCCGUAAGCGAAAAGGACAAUGCUCCCAACAUGAAAAGGGUCUGAACAAAUUUUUUGAAUCAGUUUUGCAAGCUGUUCUACGCCAUGUUAACUUUGACAUUGUGAAGUGUGUUCUUAUUGCAAGUCCAGGAUUUGUGAAGGACCAGUUUUAUGACUAUGUUUUUCAACAAGCCGUGAAAUUGGACAACAAAGUCCUGCUUGAAAAUAAAAGCAAGUUUGUGCUAGUACAUUCAUCUUCUGGUUUCAAACAUUCACUUAAAGAAAUUCUUCAGGACCCGAUUGUCCAAACUAAGCUUUCUGACACCAAAGCUGCUGGAGAAGUCAAGGCUCUUGAGUGUUUCUACACUAUGUUACAGACAGAACCAAACAGAGCUUUCUAUGGUAUAAAACAUGUGGAAAAAGCUUGUGAAGCCCAAGCUAUAGAAACACUUCUUAUUUCUGAUAAUUUAUUUCGAUGUCAGGAUGUGGCUCAGAGAAAGCGCUAUGUGAGCCUUGUGGAUAGUGUCAGAGAGUGUGGAGGGGAAGUAAAACUGUUUUCAAGUCUACACAUAUCAGGAGAACAACUAGACCAGUUAACAGGUGUGGCAGCCCUCCUCAGGUUUCCAAUGCCUGAACUAGAAGAAGAAGAGAUUAGCAGUGAAGAAGACGACUAAAUAUCCAAAUAAGAUAAUCAACACACAGGACCAGUAGAAUAUUUAUUCAAAAUAUUUGUGAACUUGCUUGUUAUAUAAAAUGUCUUAUAUCUGGUUACUGUGUCAGUUAUUUUUUAAAAGAUUAAGAACAUGAAAUAUACAUAACAAUGUAUAUCUAACUAUCUCAAACUGAAAUUAAAAACUGGUGCUGUACAGUAUUGUCCAAACAUUUGGCAGAGUAGUUAACAAAGCUCUGUUUGUAUAAAAGAGAUGAUCAAAUUAAACUGUUAACAACUUCGAA